CCCCGAUCGGCCGGGCCCCGCCAGCGGCCGCUCGCCGCCGGGCGGGCGUUGGGCUCCCGCGGCGCGAUGUCGGCGCGGCGGCGGUGGAAGGCGGCGGCCGAGGAGGAGAAGGAGGAGGAAGAGGAGGAGGAGGCGGAGGCGGCGGGCAGCGACAAGGAAGUGGAUUUGGAGGAAAGACUUGUCGAGUUGGAUCUUAGGAAUGAUUCAGAUGUUCCUGAUGUUCCUCCACCAACAGACAGCACUCCAGAAAUUCUCAAAAAGGCUUUGUCAGGCUUGUCUGCUAGAUGGAAAAACUGGUGGAUUCGUGGAAUUCUCUCCCUAGCUAUGAUUUCUGUGUUUUUUCUGAUCAUAUACCUGGGAUCAUUUAUGCUGAUGCUUCUGGUCUUAAGCAUCCAAGUGAAGUGUUAUCAUGAAAUCAUUACUAUAGGUUACAGAGUCUACCACUCGUAUGAUUUACCAUGGUUUAGAUCCCUCAGCUGGUACUUUUUGCUCUGUGUGAACUACUUCUUUUAUGGAGAGACUGUAGCUGAUUACUUUGCUACAUUUGUUCAGAGAAGAGAACAGCUUCAAUUCCUAAUUCGUUACCACAGGUUUAUAUCUUUUGCACUCUAUUUAGCAGGCUUCUGCAUGUUUGUUUUGAGUUUAGUGAAGAAACAUUAUCGCCUGCAGUUUUACAUGUUCGCAUGGACUCAUGUCACUUUGCUGAUCACUGUAACUCAAUCUCAUCUUGUCAUCCAAAAUCUCUUUGAAGGCAUGAUCUGGUUUCUGGUUCCAAUUUCAAGUGUUAUCUGCAAUGAUAUUACUGCUUACAUUUUCGGAUUCUUCUUUGGCAGAACUCCAUUAAUUAAGCUAUCUCCCAAGAAGACCUGGGAAGGGUUCAUUGGAGGCUUCUUUUCCACAGUUGUAUUUGGAUUUGUUUUUUCCUAUUUUCUGGCUCAACAUCAGUACUUUGUCUGCCCCGUGGAAUAUAACAGCGAAACCAACAGAUUUGUGACAGAGUGUGAACCUUCAGAGCUCUUUCAGAUGAAGAAGUACUCUGUGCCACCACUGCUUCAGACUGUGUUGGGAUGGGAAACGGUGAAGAUGUACCCCUUUCAGAUGCACAGCAUUGCACUGUCAACGUUUGCCUCGUUAAUUGGACCAUUUGGAGGAUUCUUUGCCAGUGGAUUUAAAAGAGCUUUCAAAAUCAAGGAUUUCGCAGACACAAUCCCUGGGCAUGGUGGGAUAAUGGAUCGCUUUGAUUGUCAGUACUUAAUGGCCACUUUUGUUCAUGUCUAUAUCACCAGUUUCAUAAGGGGUCCAAAUCCCAGCAAAUUACUGAAACAGCUGUUGAUACUUCAGCCUGAGCAACAACUGAGCGUGUAUAAAGCCCUGAAAUCUCACCUUGUCGAAAAAGGGAUACUGCAGCCAUCUCUGAGAGGGUAGUUUGUCAAAACAGAGGACUAGAAGAAACCUCCAUUUACAAGAAGCCUGUGGAAAAGCAUGGCAUAUAAACAAUAGCUAAAGGAAGAGUAGUUUGUUCUGGAAGAGGUGAAUAUUUCCUGAAUGUAAUGUGAAUGCUAUGACUUCCUAUUAGGACACGGAAGAUCUCGUAUUCCUAAAAUAAUUAAAAUGCUUGCACAGUAACAGAAGUAACAGUACACAUUCUGUAAUUUUAGUUCCUGAAGUGGAUGGCAGCAGUCUUCCUUCAGCACCCAGCUUUGACAGGCUUUGUAUUUGAAAAAACCCCAAACAUUCACUGUUAGUUUUUAAUUACUUAUUGAAUAUUGUGUAUCUCAGCAAUACUUUUUUUGGUCUCCAGUGGCUACUGAAGCAUAAACAGAUGAGGCAGGCAGUCACUUUUAUGUAGCUCAGUGCUGAAAUUACAGUUGGCCAUAAAAUACUUGUUAGCCUACUCGAAGAGGUACUUGCAGCCUGCUAUAAGAGUACCUGUGUUUUCUAAAUCACUAUGAAGGUUAAACUUAGCUCUAUUUUUAGUUAGACAUUUUUCUUAUGAAACUAUUUCAUUCUUUCAAAAGUAUCUUUGCUGCAGUGUAGCUGGGCUAUUUGGGCUGUGAAACUUAUUUUUUUGCUUAAUGUUACAGAUUAUAAUUAUUAUAAUUCUAAUACAGCAUCUACAUCUAAGAGUAGAGAUUACUUGAGAAAAUGGGAUUCUCCAAACCAGUGAAUAGAUGGGGGAGAAUCUGGAGUUUAAGCCCUUGGUUUCCGUUACCUGGUCAGUGUCUGAAGACAGUAAUUCAAGCCUUAUUCCUUGUGCCUCUUAACUACUGUGUAGGAUGGGGGUAUUUCCUUCUUUUUAAAAGCACUUUGAGGUCCUGAGUAAAAGUGAAGUUUAAGCACUGUUUUAUUAAUGUGUUACUCAAUGAAGGUUGAAAUUAAUGAAUGUGCACAGUGCAAGACAGGCUGCAUGGUUCUUCAGCUGUGUAUUGUUAUUUAUUAAGAAGCUCCUCAAGCAAGCUUGGUUCAACUACAUAGGUGUUUGAAUGGAGAAAUUUGAUAGAAAACAGCUAUUCUGUAGACUUAGUGGGGCAUACAAGGAAAGCUGAUGCUCUGAAAUUCUCAGUCCUAGUUGUUUUCUAACUUUUUUCAACAUGUGACAUGUCUUGAUGCAAAUAAAAAUUUAAACUUUUUUUUUUUAAAUUACAAAACUGACUCCUGUACAAACAGAAAGCACAAAUGCCAAUUCUGUUUUGAUAUAUUGUAACCUGAUCCAAUUUAAUUCUUCCAAAUAAUUGUAAAUAAGUUUCUUCUGCAGUGAAGGUACAGAUGCUGCCUAAAUGCUUGUGUGUAUAUAUAUAAAAUUUAAAAAAUGCUAUGUGUAAAUAUUAAAGGUGAAAAUUUUAAAUGGUUGGUGCUACUUGAGGAUAAAAACAUGGAGAAAAUCACUAGGGAGGGUGACAAGCUGUAUCUGUAAAAUUCAGACUACUUUUUGUUGAAAACCAUGUAGCUGAAACCACCGUGCGCUUUGUAAUUCCCAUGGAUGUCAGGUAUUUGACAGAAUUAAAUUCUGUCUGACCUGGAGAUUGCAGUACUGCAUUGAAGAAACAUUCCAAGAGGUGAAAUGUGUCACCACUGCUUCUGUUUCAGUGGCCGUGUGACUUAACCAUUAACUGCAGGGAACUGAAUUUCAGCCCUUCCAGCAGAGGACAUCAUAGCCCAAGGUUAAAAGGUAGCACAGCCAGGGAGUGGGACAUGUGGAAAGGUGCUUUAAAAAGAAGGGAAAACAGAGGGUGACCAAAGUAGCAUACCUGAAAAAUUAACUCUUAGAUGAGGCUCUGGUUAUGUAUGGGACUUCAGUAGAUGCUUAUGAAAAAAACCACAACCAUACUGGAGCUGGUAUAUCUUUACACUGGGUAUUUAAAAAUAUUUAAAAACUAAAAAUUAUAUAUGGAAUAUAUAUAAAGGUAAUUGUUACUUCAGAAAAUGAACUUUUUAGUGUAAUUUUAUAGCAUGUAUAAUAAGGAAUUUAAAAUAUAUUUUAGAACUUAAAUACAACAUAGCAUUUGAAAUUAAUUGCUAUAUAUUUGCACAAUAGAAAGUUCAACACUGUGAUUCUGCUGUUCAAUGUUAAAAUGAGGAAGGGAUCAUUUACAAACUCGUUCUUCAGUUUUCUGGAUAGAGUAAUAGCUUCCUGCUUGCUUCAGCUUGGUGUAAAUAAAGCUCAGCAGCACUUGCCACUGAGAAGUUUCAACUACACUUGCUUACUAUGAAGUGCAUUUAUCCCACUUGUUACUUCUAUUUGUUCAAGCAUUGCAACAUUAUCAACAGGGAAGUUUAACUUUUUACACCAGUGAUUCUUUUCAUUUGCACUUUUGUUCCAAGUUGCUACAAUUACCCAUUGAGCAAAAAAAUAAUAAUUGUAUAUUAUGUAAAUAUUGUAAAUGUUACAGGUAUAUAAUGUCUGUUUUAGUUUGACUGUUUCAAUCUUUCAUUGAAGCAGGUGUUGUAAAAAAUAAUAAAAAUAAAACCUGGACAUAAA